CUACGUCAUCUCCUCUUCCGCGUUUUCGUCCAAUCACUGAAGAGUACUCUGACGUAUGACGCAGAAUACGGAAGUUUCGAACAAAUUGUACGCGGGAAAUCACUGAUCGCUUCAGCAGGACAACAGAAGAGAUAUAUUUUAAAAAUGAAGGUUAUAACGUGUGAGAUUGCAUGGCACAACAAAGAGCCAGUCUACAGUCUGGACUUCCAGCACAGCUCUGAAGGACGCAUUCAUCGACUGGCCACAGCUGGAGUUGACACCACAGUCAGACUGUGGCAGGUCAACACAGGCCCAGAUGGGAAAGCUGUGGUGGACUUUCUGUCCAAUCUGGCUCGACACACUAAGGCGGUAAACGUAGUGCGCUUCAGCCCUAAUGGAGAGCUGCUUGCUUCAGGAGGAGAUGAUGCAGCAAUACUGCUGUGGAAGCUCAACGACUCUAAGGAGCCUGAGCAGGCACCAGCUUUUCAAGAGGAUGAAGAUGCUCAGCUCAAUAAGGAGAGCUGGUCCGUGGUAAAAACACUAAGGGGACAUAUAGAGGAUGUGUAUGACAUCUGCUGGACACGGGAUGGAAACUUCAUGGUGUCUGGGUCUGUCGACAAUACUGCUGUUAUGUGGGACAUUAACAAAGGUCAGAAGCUUUGUAUAUUGAAUGAACACAAGAGCUACGUGCAGGGGGUGACGUGGGAUCCUCUGGGACAAUAUGUAGCCACUCUCAGCUGUGACAGAGUGAUGCGUGUGUACAGUACUCACACCAAAAAGAAGGCCUUCUGUGUCAGUAAAAUGAGCUCCGGGCCGCUUGCAGAGGGAGAGGUCAAACAACACAGAAUGUUCCACGACGACAGCAUGAGAUCGUUCUUUCGCCGUCUUUCUUUCACACCCGAUGGGUCUUUCCUGCUCGCCCCAGCUGGAUGUGUGGAGAUUGGAGAAAACAUCAUAAACACCACCUACAUCUUUUCCAGGAAGAGCCUUAAAAGGCCUAUUGCACAUUUGCCAUGUCCAACAAAGGCUACACUGGCUGUGCGCUGCUGCCCCGUCUACUUCGAAUUGAGGACCAAGAAAGACGAGGAUGGUUCUACUCAGGCUCUUCCUAACGUGUUCCAAUUGCCGUAUCGUAUGGUGUUCGCUGUUGCGUCCGAGGACUCCAUCUGCCUGUAUGACACACAGCAGACUCUUCCUUUCGGUCUGGUGUCUAACAUCCACUACCACACACUGAGUGAUCUAACUUGGUCUCUUGAUGGUUCCUUCCUGGCUGUUUCCUCCACAGAUGGUUACUGCUCCUUCCUGACCUUUUCUCCCGGGGAGCUGGGCACUCCGCUGAAGGAGCCCCCCACCCUGGAGGUCUUUGCCCCAAAUAGCGCUAGUGACAAAAAGGGCAAGAAGUCGGCUAGGACGUCAUCUCCCGUGACCCAGCCACAAAACUCAGCCCCGACUCCCACAUCCCAACCCAGCCUUGGGAAAGACGCCCCCUCCGUCACCCCCCCAGAGGAGAAGAAGAGCACCCCCAGUGCCAAGUCUAAACCUCAGCCACGCAGGAUCACCCUCAACACGCUGGAGGGCUGGGGGAAGCCCUCUACCCCUAAAGCCACAGCUCCUUCAACACCCCGGACACCGACAUCUGGAAGUGCACCGCCAACUCCUGCCCCUCUUACUCCGACCAACUCCUCCACCACCCAAUCUCGCAUCACUCCCCUCACUCCCUCAACGCCCAAAGUCCUUAACGGUGCUAAUGCUUCUGAGCUCACCACGCCUAAAGGAUCGACAACUCCAAAGGGAACGACUCCAAAGGGACCAACGCCGAGGAGAGUGUCUUUGACUCCCGUUGCAGCCAGGUCUCCAGCUGUUAGCUCACUUUUCCGCACUCCUUCGUCCACCGAGAAGGCCAAACACGAACGCCCAUCUCCCCCCACUGAUCCAGUCUGCCAGCCUCCAGAGUCCAAAAGAUCUAAGACCAGUGACCUCCCAGCAAAGACCAGCACCACCAAAGCUUAAUAGUUACUGGGACCAGUGUGUUGUUAUGAUGUUGGAAAAGAGAAUAUUUACAGAGACAAACAUUUUACAAGCUUCAGGAACAUUUCAAGUGUUUUUGGCUGAUUUUGUGUGUUUCUUUUAAUCUAGCUCGAUAAGUGAUAUAACCGACUGCAGUAAGUGCCUGCCCUUGAAUGAACUCUUCUCCUUGUAAUGUGUGUUUGUAUCAUACAGUGAACAAGCUUACUGUUUGAAAUAUGCCUUGUUUGACAUUGUUAUGCUUAUGUGCUGCGGUUUUUGUCUAAUGUCCGGCUAACAACAUGUACAUGUGGAACUGAAACUGCAACAGAAAAAAAUGUUUUACAGUUUGAAGCCUUGUGGGAACACUUAGUGAACAAUCUAAAUCUUAAGUUGCUGAGAUUUCAAAAUAGCUGCUUGAGUGAAAAGUGUAAAACUGUCAUGCAUCUAAGAGUCAUAUUUUCAUAGUCUAAUAAAAAAAAGUUUCACACAUU